CUCUGGACGAUAUACAGGCAACUCUGCUAUCACCUGGAAGCAAAUUGGUGUUCGUUGUCAAGCCCUGUAGUUUGCCAAGUCAAGUUGUGCUCCACUGCCAAGGGCCUUGACAGCAACGUAAUCUGCACUAUAAGCACGUCUUUUCUUUGUAGACCGAGUAAUGCCAGAGCACGUAAUUGCAAUAAAGCACCAAACAACAGCAUAAAGAGUGCCCCCGCCUGCUGAGUGACACCAGAAAGCAGGUAUUGAAACCAAGCAGAAUGGCUGCAUUCGACGAAAAGGACAUCUCAGCCACUUCAACCAGGGGACUUGAUUUGGGGCAUGGAUAUGCGGAAGACGAUAUACAGGAGAAGGCGAGACUCCUCGGCUGUAGCCCGGAGGACUUUCUUGAGGCCAGGGAGGGCAGCAAAAAUCUCAGCCUAGAGGAUGCUGCGAGUCGAGCCAAACGCAUCCUCCACUUCCACGACCAAGACCCUAAUUUCAAUCCGGAAUCAAUUGUCCGCCUUCAAGCUUUUGUCGAUCACCCUGACCUUUUCCAUAAUCCUGAUGGUCACGCAGAGCUCAUCUCCGACAUCAAGCUGGAAGUCUGUCUUCUCACGGACAACUCGCCCUAUGCCGAAGUGCGCGCUGUAGUCAGCAACAAGGACGACAUUUCCACCCCGGCUGGCACGAUCCGCGCGUGGACAAUUGGCCUUUUGUUUGUAGUGUUGCUGAGCUUUGUCAACCAGCUCUUCUCCGUCCGCCAGCCGACAAUCCGACUUGAUGCUGCGGUUGUGCAGCUCUUGUCGUUUCCACUAGGUAAAGCCUGGGAGAAAUGGCUACCCGUCGGCGAAUUCACAGUCUUUGGUGCACGUCUUAAACUAAAUCCCGGCAAGUUCACGCAGAAGGAACAUAUGCUGAUCUCGAUUAUGGCGAAUGUGGCGACGAGCUUGCCUCACUCGCGGUAUAUCAUCUUCACGACGUGGAUGAGGAAGUAUUUCAAUCGGCCUUUUGGGAGCUCAUUUGGGUUCCAAAUUUGCAUUUCGCUUUCUAUGAAUUUGAUGGGCUUUGGCCUUGCUGGACUGGCUCGGCGAUUCCUGGUCUAUCCCUCAUUUUGUAUCUGGCCUCGUUCGCUUGUCACCGUGGCCCUGAACCAGUCUCUUCACAAUGACGAUAGUCCCACAGUCCCAGGCCCCUUCAAAAGACUGUACAGCAUAUCCCGCUAUAGAUUCUUCCUACUCGCAUUCGCCUGCAUGUUCGUCUGGUUCUGGUUCCCUGAGCACAUCGUCUCAGCUCUCUCGCUCUUCAACUGGCUUGCCUGGAUUGCGCCGGACAAUUUCACACUAACUGCCAUAACCGGGCUUAAAAAGGGCCUGGGAUUUAAUCCCCUACCUACAUUCGACUGGAACAUUGCCACCUAUCACGUCGACCCGUUGAUCGUCCCUUUCCACGUCACGGUGAAUAUGUUUGCUGGGGCGCUGCUCGGCGGGUUAGUCCUUGUUGCUUUAUACUGGACAAACUCGUAUAAUACGGGGUAUCUGCCCAUCAACACCAACAACAUGUUUGCCAACAACGCAAGUCAAUACAAUGUCUCGGCGAUCCUCGACGACCGGGGCCUUCUUGAUACGGAGAAGUAUCUGAGCUACAGUCCGGUAUACAUCACCGCUGCGUCCAUUGUUUACUAUGUCUUCUUCUUUGCCGUGUAUAGUGCCGUCGUGUCCUAUGCGAUUGUAUACCAUAGACAGGAUAUAAAGCUGGGGUUUAAAUCUCUGGUGAGAUCGUUUAGUAGAGGCAGCAACCGGGAUGACUUCCAAGAUGUCCACAGUCGGCUUAUGGGUACUUACCGCGAGUCCCCUGAGUGGUGGUAUCUAAUCCUAAACGUCAUCGCUGUAGGGCUGGGAGUUGCCGCCGUGGCAGCCUGGCCAACCUACACCAACGUUGGCGUCGUGUUCUUUGGUAUUGCACUGGCUUUGAUCUUUGUUAUUCCCACUGGCAUUAUAUACGCCACGACAGGCAUUGAAGUUGAGUAUAAUGUUCUGGCAGAGUUUAUCGGAGGGGCGUGGCAGCCUGGGAAUGCGUUGUCGAUGAACUUCUUCAAGGGCUUUGGAUACGUAACUACAGCUCACGCACUCAGCUUCGCCAAUGAUUUGAAACUCGGCCACUAUCUCAAGAUACCCCCGCGUCAGACUUUCUGGUGUCAGGUUGCUGCUACCAUCGUAUCUGCCCUCGUCUGCACUGGGGUUAUGAACUUCCAAAUCACCCGCAUCCCUGACCUCUGCGAAGCAAACCAGAAGAACAAAUUCACCUGCCCAGGCCUGCAAUCCUACUUCACAGCCGCCGUCCUAUUCGGGUCUCUGGGCGGGCAUAGAGUCUUCGGCGCCGGCGCCCAAUAUACAGCCCUCCUCGCCGCAUUCCCAGCUGGCCUUCUCUUCCCUAUCGUCUACUACUACGCCACCCGCAAACUGCCCAGAACCCACUGGCUCACAAAAAUCCACCCAGUCGUGCUAUUCAGCGGCGGUCAUACCUGGUCACCUUAUAACCUGGGCUACCUAUGGCCUGCUGUGCUGCCGGGCUGGGUUUCCUGGAGCUAUAUACGGCGGCGCUAUCUCGCGUUCUGGUCCAAGUAUAACUAUGUACUGUCUGCAGCGUUUUCGACGGCGAUUGCCAUUGCGGCUGUGGUUAUUUUCUUUGCGGUCAGUUACCAUGGGGCUGAUGUGCAUUGGAUUGGGAAUCAGCCUGAUAGUGGGUGUGAGGAUAGUGGCGAGUGUGUGAGACUGCAUCUGUCUGAGGGGGAGUAUUUUGGGCCUCGGGUUGGGACGUUUGUUGUUUAAUUAAUAAAUAUCCUGGGGAAUAUAUCUUGAAAAGAUUAGGAUAUUGGUAAUUAACAGAAGAGUAUCAUGCUGCCUUUGUUGUAUCGUCCUUCAAGAACGGCGCUGCAAAGCCAUACUGCUUCCACCCGUCUCCAUAAUCCAUAUUCGCAUCUCGUUCUGUAACUAAUUAGCAUAUCACGUUUUAAAGCAAG